GCUCGUGCAGCUGGUAUUCCAUCCUCGAGCUCUCCCCGAGUCACUCAGACAAGCCGCACGAGCGCUCCUGUCCACCUCCGUCCCUGUCUGCCACAGACCGCCCGCUGCCUCUGUCUCUGUCCGGACUACCAAGCACUCUUCUCCUGCGGCUGAGAGCACACAACCUGAGCAAACAUGGAGGCCAUCAAGAAGAAAAUGCAGAUGCUGAAGCUGGAUAAGGAGAACGCGAUAGACCGGGCAGAACAGGCUGAGGGGGACAAGAAAGGAGCAGAGGACAAAUGCAAACAGCUGGAGGAGGAGCUGCUGGGUCUGCAGAAGAAGCUGAAAGGAGUGGAGGAUGAGCUCGACAAAUACUCCGAGUCCUUGAAGGACGCCCAGGAGAAGCUGGAGCAGGCAGAGAAAAAGGCUACAGAUGCUGAGGCAGAAGUGGCGUCUCUAAACAGGCGUAUCCAGCUGGUGGAGGAGGAGUUGGACCGAGCUCAGGAGAGACUGGCUACUGCUCUGCAGAAGCUGGAAGAGGCUGAGAAAGCUGCAGAUGAGAGUGAGAGAGGAAUGAAGGUCAUAGAAAACAGAGCAUCAAAAGACGAGGAGAAAAUGGAGAUCCAGGAGAUGCAACUGAAGGAGGCCAAACACAUCGCUGAGGAGGCCGACCGCAAAUAUGAAGAGGUUGCACGUAAACUGGUUAUCCUGGAGGGAGAUCUGGAGCGCUCAGAGGAGCGUGCUGAGGUGGCUGAAGCGCGUGUGAGGGAGCUGGAGGAGGAGCUCAGACUAAUGGACCAGAAUAUGAAGUCCAUGAUGUGCGGAGAGGAAGAGUACUCACAAAAGGAGGACAAAUAUGAAGAAGAAAUUAAAGUUCUUACUGACAAACUGAAAGAGGCGGAGACCCGUGCAGAGUUUGCAGAGAGGUCUGUGGCCAAGCUGGAGAAGACCAUCGAUGAUUUGGAAGAGAAACUGGCCCAGGCCAAAGAAGAGAACCUGGACAUGCACCAGGUGCUGGACCAAACCCUUCUGGAGAUCAACAAUCUAUAGAGACCCAUUCAGAGCUAGGUGAAGGACAGCAGCUAAAGAGCUCCCAGCGUCCGCCCGUACAGAUGGAAUCUUAAUGCACCAGCCACAGUUGUUAUAGUAAAAAGCCCCUGAAGUGACACGAGCAAGAAAGUGUCUAUUGCAAAAUGUUGCAGGUUUGUAGGUCAUCAGGAAGAUCUUCUCAUCAAUAAAAAAGUUAUUGUGUGCACUUGAAAGUCACUCAUGGACACAACUAUCUUUUCUGCUAGAAAAAAAGGUUCCCAAUAUGAUGAAGCAUUUCCCAUUGGACAUAUUCCAUGAGCUCACUAUUGUUGUCUUUUAAGAAUAAUGAUAAAAACAGUUGCUACUGCACACAAAGAACAUUUCUCCUCUCUCAACAGAGUUUCUGGUACACACUAGAAAGCUUUUAGUUUUGAUGUUUUUCCUUUCGUUGAUAAAGUGUGAUACAGGAAUUUCCAAGAUAUGUUAAAGACAACAACAACCCGACCUCGUUUAUCUUGUGGGGCAAGUGGUAUUAUCUUCAAAUACACACAUAGUGUAUGUUGUAGUGUAUAGUUUUUAGUACAAUGAAAACACAUACAUUUUAUUUUUCGGCAGGUAUAGAUUCGGUAUUAGGUGUAGAUUAGACUAUUAAUGGAUUCAAUUACCAAUAGAAUAAACUAUCUGACUGAUUUUACAUGUUAAAAACUGAAUUUAAUGAAGUGCUGGGAGCUGUAAUACUGACAUGUAACCUAACUGAAUAAAGGUUUUAUAUGU